UUGUCACGAAAAUGCUUGCAAAUGACAACUCUACAGCUGUCAUGGACUCUCAGUAUCACCAGUUUGGUUCGCCUGAAAGCGGAUCCGUCCAUGAAAGGCGCACAAUCCCAAUGCCUACAGGUUUGAAGAAGAUAGUGGUUUAUAUCCUUUAUGCCGUCCUGCUGCUGCUCAUGUUGAUUCUGCUGAUGGUAACUGGGGUAAAAUUCUCCCAGUUAAACACGGAAAUCUCGGAUGUCAAACUCCAGCUUAAGAAAAUCAGCCAUCAAGGAACAACUUCAGGUUCAGAUUCAGCAAUAGUGCAAGAGGUCCUUUUAGAGAAACUGUCCCCAAUUAGAGGAACAUGUAGACAAGGAUGGACGUCCUUCGAGAGAAGCUGCUACAUGCUAUCCAGCAACACUUUAACCUGGAGCAAAGCAGAGGAGCACUGCAAGACUGAGUCAGGACACCUGGUGGUUCUGAACAGCGUGGAGGAACUGGACUACAUUUCAAAAAUUGUUGAAAUCAGAUAUAACUACUGGAUUGGACUUGUGGAGCGGGAGCAUGAGGGGCACUGGAGCUGGGUGGAUGGAACCAACUUUGACUCAACCCAAACUUACUGGGAUGAAGGUCAGCCUGACGACUGGGACUACAGAGUGAACGGAGAGGACUGCGGACAGAUUCAUGGCUCCAUCACACGCAAACGCAAGCUGUGGAAUGAUGCGGACUGUAAACUGUCGUACAGGUACAUCUGUGAAUCCAGGUUGUGAGAGACAGUGGACCUCUCACCAACAGGACAGACCCAACACAAUGUGAAAAGAUGUUACUGAUUUGUAAUUGAGUGUGUAUCACAUAAAGACAUGAAACUUGAAUGCUUGUCUGUAAGGAUUUUAUUGGACAAUAAAGCAGUAAAUAUGAAAAAAACAAAAAAACAAAACAAAAA